UUCCCUUUCACUCUGUCCUUCCUGCUCCGAGGUGUCAACUGGUCACCAGCCGAGUCCAGGCCGCGGUAGAACGGUAGAAAUCUCUUUCCUUCUUUAAAGCGUCUCUCUCGUUCUCUCUCGCUCGUUAUCUCUCUCUCUCUCUCUCUCUCUCAUUAGCUCUAUCGGCGGCAAUUUCGUUGGUCUGUCGGAGAUGGCCCUGGAGAUGAAGGAUUUUGGCUCCGGCAUGGCUGUUUUUGGUGCUCAGGGAAUGAAGUCCGGAUUCUAAGUAGUCUGAUGUAAUGGGGAGAAAAGACUCAAGCCUCAAGAAGGUCGGAAAACUGAAUUUAAGAGAAGAAGCGGCAAAGGCAACACUGCGUGCCGUGCGACAACAAGGGCAUGUGUAUGUCGAGCUGAGAAAAGUUUCCGACAGCAGCAUCUUCUUCUGCGCACUGUGCCUUACUCAGUGUUUUAGCGAAGCCGUGCUUUAUGAUCAUCUUCGAGGAAAUCUCCACUCUAGAAGAUAUAAUUGUGCUAAAAUUACUCUUCUACUUCCCAAUCCAUGGCCCUUUAAUGAUGGCUUUCUUUUCUAUGAUAACUCUCGGGAAAAGGAUCUCAACAUCAUGCCGGUUUCAGAGUCUCAAAGGGAUGUCGUUAUUGCGGUUACUGGAGUUAGUGGAUCCCCUGCUAAUGUCGAUGAACUAAGAUCAAAGUGUAGAGGUACCCCUGAUCAAGAUCUUGUCGAGCUUACAUCAGAUCAUAAUAUCAACGGUAGAAAUGCAGAAAAACCUGUUACUGUUCAUAAGAAAAUUAAAAAGUGCAUGGGUGUAAAGGAACAUAUUAGCCUUUGUUAUGUCCUUCCUAAUGAGAAAAUUUUCAAUAUGGAGUUAGAAAUCAUUGGUUAUGGACAUAUCAGUGGUAAAAUCCACGAGGACAGUGAGAGAAACUGCAAAUUUAGCAGAAUAUGGUGUGCUUGGCUGGGUGAUGGAAAUUCUGAUGGUUGUGAUGAGCUAUUAGCAUCCCCAAUCUCUGAUUUUGCUAUAGUGAGCUUCUCCUACACCCAUCUUCUUGGUAAAGUGUAUGACGUGCAAGAUGAGAACUGGUCUCACUCACCUGGUUCUUCCCUAGAGGAAAAAGAAUCUGGCAGACAAAACAAGAAGAUAAAGAAAUCAUUCCCAGAUGAUCCUUGUGCUUCUGCUUGUGAGCAUUCUCAUAAUGCAGAUCCAGAGAAUGUGGCACAUUCUUUUGAUCAUUCACAAUCUGGACCUUCUCAGCCUAUGCAAGAAGCGCAGAAGCAAAAUUGCUUAAUUUCCAAUAGGCCCUGUUUUAUCUGUGAUGAGCGAAUGAUUUUUGGGAAGGAUGUUGCUACAUUGUUGAAUUUAAAGACUGGUAGAUUUGCAUGUAGCAGCAGGAAUUUCAGUGCAGCAUUUCAUUUGUUCCACGUCUCUUGCCUUAUAAACUGGGUACUACUUUGUGAGUUUGAAAUGUGGACCCAACGAUCAAUGAAUCCCAGAAGAACUCGAGGACGCAAAGGGAAAGAACCAAUCAAUAAGAGGGUUAUGACUUCUAUAGUUUGCUCUGCAUGUAUGGGUAGUGGUAUUCAUACUGAAAAGGGUGCAAGAGAGGGGAGCCGUUUUCCUCUUCCCCAGAUAUUGGACUUUAAAAAAAGAACUAUGGAAGGUCACAAAGCAUGGAUGGAAAGUCCAGAAAAUCUCCAGAAUUGCUCUACUGGUCUUUGUUUUUCUUCUGUGUUCACCGAUAAGUUGCAGGCAAAGUCGAGUCCAGCAAAGUCGUUGCUCUUCUACCGAGUUGGUGAAUAGAUUUUGGGCUACCGUGGUGUGAUUGGUUAUGGAAGAGUUUACUGCUGAAUGGUUCUGGUAAGCUCUUGUAGAUAUCUCUUAGUUGAUUCGUGUAGAAAGUUGAUAAGUUGGGUUAGUUUGAUACUAUGAUUGAUUCUACAGAUGGUGGGAGUGUGUUCUUUUUAGCUUUGGUUGAAAUAUAUACGCAGAGAAGUUCAUUUGUAAUCACUGUACAUGAAUUUGCUGUGUUAGUUUAAUCUGAAAGCUGAAGAGUUUACACAGUUUAUAUUUCAA